AUGACUAUGCGCUUUCUCUGCCUCCCCGGUGCCUACGGCAGCUCGGACACUGACCAAACCUUCGCAGCCCCCAUCCUGAAGGAGCUCACCGGAGAUGGCACGGCACAGUUCCAUUUCAUCCACGGACCUUGCAAGGCCGUUCCUCCCCCGGGCUUCGAGGACUACUUCGGCGCACCUCCCUACUACCGCUUCAUUGAGCCCGAUAGGGAUGUCGAGAAGACUCACAGCGAUGACGUCCUUGCCCGUAUCCGUGACUUCCCUCAGUGCGAGAGCCCUGAAGACACCAUGAGAGAGCUCAUGAGAGAAGGUAUCGCGACAACGCACCGCAGCACCGACAGGGCUAUCAAGUACCUUAGCGAGAUCGUCCAGAAGCGCGGUCCCUUCGACGGCAUCAUUGGCUAUUCCGAGGGUGCCACCGUUGCCUCGACAUUCAUGCUCUACGAACAACGCCGCCUGAAGCGCUCAGGUCACAAGCCGGCGUUCAAGUACGGCAUCUUCUUUGCUGGCUGGCCCCCCGUCGAUCCCAAGACUCAUGCCCUCGUGCUGUCUGACGAGACCGAUGAGAGAAUCGAGGCCCGUACUCUUCACAUCAUCGGAUCCUUGGAUCCUUAUGUGGACGGUUCUAUGGCCCUGUACAACAUGUGCGAUCCUGACACCGCCUAUCUUUUCGAUCACGCAAAGGGCCACACCCUCCCCCGUGACAAGGAGACCAUCAAGGAACUCGGCGACAUUGUGCGCGAGACCAUGGUCGAUAUGCAAGAGGAGGGCCUGUUGUAA